AUGCAACUUUAUACAGCAAUCAUUUUCAUGUGGUCAUUCCCUCAAGGGGCCCUAUCCCACUCAAUACUGACUACAGAAACGCUCAAUGAUAUCUUCCACCAAUUUCUCCAUAACGACACAAUAUUCACUCCUUUCAAGUACAUCCGCCCCGUCCCUGCUGAAACGCCACUUCACAUCACCGACAAGAACGACAUUCGAUGUAACCGAGCAGGGGCCAAUGGACAGUCAACAAAUGUCUUGACAAUCACAGCAGGCGACACCGUGGGGUUCAAGCCUACAUUUUGGAUCCAUCAUCCCGGGGCAUACGCUGCUUACCUCUCUGCCGUCCCUCCUGGAAAAAUCAUCUCCAAUUACGCGGGUGACGGUGACUGGUUCAAGAUUUGGGAUAUUUGCUACGAUUUGAGCAUGUGGCACUGCAUCUGGGCCAGCCAGAGAGGUGGAGCCGAGUUCUACCCUUCUUGUGCCCACGUUGAAGUGCUGAACGCUGGGUGGAAGAGCACCGGUCUUAGCCCAGGACCGACAGCACGGUUCCCCGAGGCACACGAGGCAGAAGCACACGGAAGUUGGUGUUCAAUAUAUGGGACUUUGAUGACCAGGAAGAUGCCUGGCCCGCAAGUGUGGGAUGGCCGCUGA